AUGCAGGCAGCGGGCGACAUGCUUCAGGAUGGCAUCUUCUUUGUCGGGGACAUUGGCUGCGUCCUUUGCAUCUUAGGUGUCAUCAUCCAGAGCUUGGCCGAAUCUGCCAUGGCCAUCCUUGGUUGCAAGCUCGUCAGCACCCUGGGUUUAGGCCUCGGCCACGUUCUCGCUCCUGUCUUUGUCGCCGAGAUCGCACCUGACGAACUACGCGGUGUCUGCUUCACCCUCACCAACACCAUGAUUGUCUCGGGCCAGUGGGGAUGUGCCCUUGUAGCCUACGGAGGGUCUUUUAUCGCCAGUGACUAG